AUGUACACUGGCUACAACGAGUCCCUGCUUAUCCUCAACCACGUCAUGAAUGGCCCAGCCUGCAAGGGAACCUUAGAUCAAAGUGUGAUUCCACCUGUCGUGAGGUUUGAAUUCCCCCUCAACACAACCAAUUCCUGUGGCAGCCUCUUCAGGACAACCAGCGCUGCAGGCACGGGGAUAUUCUCUGACUUCUCCAACGUCCAGACGGUCAACAUCAGCGGGGUGGUCCGAUCUUACGAUCCCACCACACGGCCGGUCACUUACAACACUGAGUUGAAGUAUCAUUACUCCUGCGCCUAUCCCUUAGAGUACCUGACCAACAACACCCAGAUUGAUACGUCUGCAUCUUCCAUUGCGGUUAAGGACAACAAUGGUACUUUCGUCAGCACUUUGAGUCUUAAUCUUUUCAGCGAUGACGACUACAUUUCGCCCUUAAUCAUUCCGAAACAGGGUCUUGAGCUGAGGACCGAAAUCUACACUCGAGUCCAAGCCACCAACCUGACCUCCCAUUACCACGUGUUCCUGGACCAAUGCUACGCCUCCAUUUCUCCACAACCCGACGGUGACAACUCCACUGUCUUCAACCUGUUUGUCCCUUGCAACGUCGACCCGUCGACCGUCAUCAGAGAGAACGGAGAGAGCCAACGUGCCUGCUUCUCCUUCCCGGCCUUCCGAUUCGUGGAGCAACCAAAUGAGAUGAUGUCCACCUACUUCCUCCACUGCAUCACCCGUCUCUGUGAGGAGAGCGCCUGCAGUACUCUUAAACAAUGUACCAACCGGAGGAGAAGGAAUGCCGUUCCCGAAAUUGUAGACGGAGUGACAGGGUACACAACCAUUAGCUCUACUCCUAUCACCAUAAGAGCAGAAAGAGUUGUGGCAAUGAAAGAACAGGAGACUGCCAGCAACAACUCAGACACUUCUACAGGACUUGGUGUGGCAGUGGGCUUUCUGGCAUUCGUAUGCAUUACUGUCAUUAUAAUGGCAGCAGUCUUCUACGGGACACGCAAACCAUUAAAAAGGGGGUUGACUGCUCCACCUUGA